AUGAUGUUUCUUUCACGUCCCCUAGCCUUCCUUGCUCUGAAUCUCCGAAUUCCUUUCCGAUGUUCGGAAUCAAAGUGGCGGACAAGACCCUUCGAGAAAGAGAAAGUCGAUUGGCCCGUGGCCCGUGCACUCCAAUCGUUCCGUCACGCUCACCAGAACUUUUCGCGACAAGCCUGGACAUCGACGCCUCCAACCCAAUCCCUCACCCGCCGUCUGCCUGCGCAUCUUCGCCUCAGCAUUGCCCCCUUCUAUUUUUCCCUUUGA